GUAUUCAACAUCGCGUUUCUUACAUCCGAAGAAAUCCGAAAAGAAUAUCGCGAAAGGAACGAUGGAAAAGACAAUCUCGUACAACCAAAUGAUGUAUUUUUUUCCGUUCAUGCAUUUAUCCUAAGCUUAAUCACUUUGACUCAAACUUUCUACUAUAAGCGGGGUGCAGAUCAAAAUGUAUCACCAAUUACUCGUACUCUAAUCGUCUGUUCCAUUAUCGGAAUAGUACCCGUACUGAUCGGAAUCUCAAUCGGAACCUACCAAUGGAUUGACUUGCUAUAUUAUCUGAGCUACAUUAAAUUAGCUAUAAGCCUUAUUAAAUAUCUUCCACAGGUUUACCUAAAUUUCCGUCGAAAAUCUACAGUUGGAUGGAGUAUUUACAAUAUUCUAUUAGAUUUUACUGGGGGUACUCUAUCAACAUUUCAACUGUUUCUAGACGCUUAUUUAACCGAUAAUUGGAGUGGUAUUUCCGGUGAUCUGGUUAAACUCGGUCUCGGAUUCCAAAGUAUAGCAUUUGAUCUAGUUUUCAUGACUCAACAUUAUAUAUUGUAUCGUAAUAGAUAUGAUGAUGCGCUGAUAAAAGAAAAUACAAUAGUUGAUGCUAUGACAGGCACUAGCCAAGAAAGAGAAAGAUUACUAGAAAAUAACGAUAUUAACUAUGUAUGA